CCUACCGUUGGGACAAACCCGAUUCCUUGGCGCCAAACUACAGGUGAGGCUAUAUUACUAGAUAAAAAGGCUGAUUAUUUAUAAUAAGAACCUCUAUUUAUUUAUUUAUAAUUAAACCUCUUGUUGAUGUUAUACCUUUUAUUUAUUUCCUUUCUCCAGGCUAUAUCGUAAAAACUGAGGAUUUGGACUAACCGAAUGAUUCACAAAUUCAACUGCGGGGUGAUCACAGUGAGUCACGAUACAUAGGCGUAGAAAAGCCAUUACGAAAUUGAGCAUAUAGGCAGCGAUGGAAAUACUAUAAAUACCCAUAUGUCACGCGAGUGAUAAUCUUGUUCAAAGUUCUAGUUGUAGCUCGGCUUCGGUAACACUUAGUUGUGACAAGGCAAUAUUUGUAUCAGAACUUGACCUCGAUCUUCGGCGAUCUACCGUACGUCUAAGUGAUCUUGCCAGGUCACUGCUCUAACAGGGCGUAAAACGCCCGGGAUUUCUGCAAAGAAUGGAGCCAGGAAGAACAGUUGAAAUAAGAGGUGUUCGGAUUGUAGUUGCGGGCUGUGGUCACGGCUUGCUAAGCUUGAUAUACACAGCGGCCCAGCAGGCCGCCGAAGCGAAGGGGUGGGAUAAGAUCGACCUCUUGAUUAUCGGGGGCGACUUCCAAGCGGCGCGCAAUGCAGCCGACUUGACGGUCAUGUCAGUCCCGGCCAGGUACCGACGCUUGGGUGACUUCCCUGCGUACUAUAGCGGGGAGGCGAAGGCCCCGAUCCGGACCAUCUUCGUUGGCGGUAAUCACGAAGCGAGCUCCUAUCUUUGGGAGCUCUAUUACGGCGGCUGGGUUGCCCCGAAUAUUUACUAUCUCGGUGCUGCUAAUGUGUUGCGUUAUGGCCCUAUCCGCAUCGCGGGCAUAAGCGGUAUAUGGAAGGAUGUUGAUUUUUAUAAGCCGCAUUUCGAACGCCUGCCAUUCAACCUUGGUGACAUCAAGGGUUUCUAUCAUGUGCGGGAGAUUGACGUACGCAAGUUGAUGCUUAUCAGAGAUCAAGUCGAUAUAGGUAUAAGUCAUGACUGGCCUAAUCUCAUUGAACGUUUCGGGGACUUGGAAGAUCUGCUUAGAAGAAAGCCGCAAUUCAGACGUGAUAGCACGACAGGCACCUUGGGGAAUCCCGCAGCCGCUGAUUUGAUGGACCGGUUGAGACCGCCUUACUGGUUCUCGGCACACAUGCACUGCAAAUUCACUGCAGUCAAGUCGUAUCCCCCACCGGGCACUGAAACGACUACUGAUGUGGACGAUACUGCUGCGGUAUCUACGAGUAUCGACCACUUAGACGAUGGUGGGACCCAAUCGAACGCUGCCGGGCCAGUUGUGUUUGACCUCCUGCCAGCCCGUGCGGAGAACGUCGACGGCCCGAGGCCCGCAGACACGAACGCGAUUGUGACCGCCCCAGAUAAUUCCAAUACUGCACAAGUCAGCACGAAAUCCGGAAAACAACGAGCCCAACUUCGCGCAUUUUUCGCACCUUCUCAGAAGCCCGCAGUCCUUCCAGUGCCCGCGACGAUCACCAACACGGUAACACGCUUCAUGGCUCUGGACAAGCCCCUCCCGGGGCGUGAAUUCCUAGAGGCUAUUGACAUUCUACCCACAUUGGCCCCUACCCAGCAACGCAGCACCGAUCUUCGGUUACAGUACGACCCCGAGUGGCUAGCCAUAACCCGCGCGCUUCAUACGUCCCUCAAGAUCGGGAAGCGGGGUGAGCCCACGCCGCCCGAUCUGGGUGAGGCCGUAUAUCGGCCCAUGGUCGACAAGGAGCGAAGGUGGGUCGAGGAGAACAUCGUGCGGAAGGACAGGCUGGAGAUCCCCGAGAACUUCUCCGUCACCGCGCCCCCUCACAUGCCGGGGGACCCUGAGAGCGUGGACCGGCAGCCGGACGAGUACACGAAUCCACAGACGCGCGAGUUUUGCCGGCUGCUUGAUGUGGAGAAUCUGUGGGAUGCGACUGACGAAGAGCGAGCGGUGCGCAAAGCUGGCAGGCCGCCUCUCGAUGAGUCAAGCGAGAUCCGCGGCACCGACUCCAGAGCCGACAGAAGCAGCAAAAGAGGUGGGCGCGAUGGGCGCUCUGGAGGUAGAGCAGGCAAGGCGAGUGGACUCGGAGAUCGCAGUCCAGCGCCUUAGGAUUUAUAUGUGCAUAUUUAUUUGAAAGCUAGCCGUGCAGUUCGCAACGAAUGUAUCUAGUAACCUUGGACUAGACUAGUUACUCGGCCGAGUUUGGUAUGUAUCGCUUUGCUCGGGCAUCAGAAAUCACAAUUCUGCCUGGAACAUCAUGAUGUGGACUACCGUACGUCGGUUACGGACCCGCACACAGGUUGAAGACAUAAGAAAGUCUCUCUUGUCGGGUGGUACAU